CUGCGGCGCACCGAAACUUGCCGCCCGUCUUUUGUCCCGUUUCAUGUCGUUGUUUUGUAUUUUGAGAAGCUUUAUUUGCCGUUAACAGGGUCUGCUGGAGUUAAAUACACAAACAUGGACGAAUAUGACGAAAUGUACGGGAUCGAGGAUGACUUCGAGCAGCAGUUUGCAGACGAGUUGGAAAUCAUGGCGGAGAUGGAGAAAGAAGCAGAGCAGCAGGGCAAGGUGUCCAAGUACCGUGAGGAGGCAGCUAAGUCACGUCAAUCAUCAUCGGAGGUUGAGCUUCAGCCGCGUCAGUCAUUCGAGGAGGCCAUAGCUGCCGGAGACACCACGUUGCCAAGGAGAGCCGUUGCCAAGCAACCACUGCCAUCAGCUGCUGCUGCUGCUGAUGAUGAUGAUGAUGAUUAUGAGGACCACUUGAUCAUCGCUCUGACGGAGGAAGAGGAGAAAGAGGCACAGACCCCGGUGCCCAAGCGGCGGAAGUUUGAUGUGGCCAAGAAGUUGACCUUCAACUCGGCGCCUUCUGAUGACAUCACACCGUUCUCUGAUGACAUCACUCCGCCAUCUUCCCCAGAGGCCUACGAGCGCAGCAGGCCGAGACCAGUCUCCACGGUAACCAAUCUGAUGGACAUGAGUGGUCUGGGGGCUCUUCAGGACACGCCCAGUCGCGUUGCUAUGCCAACCUCCAGCAUUCUGCGCCGGGCCCCACUAACCGGAGAUUACAUCACUGUAACCAACAGCAACGGAGACAGAGUCUACCUCAGGCAGAAAGAGGAGCAGUCGCUGGAGAGUGUCGUCCGGUCGGUUCGCGGUUCCCAUAAUUCCCUUGGGCUCCUGGCCACGCCCAUCGAAGUCCUGAUGGAACAGGCAAUGGAGAAGCGUCAUCGUCAGGUGGUGGAGGAAUCACAGAGACUCACGGACCUCAUCAGCAGUAAUGUCAAUGAGGCGUUGCUGGGAGUCGGAGUUGAUGUUGAUGAUGAUGAUGGUGGUGAUGAAGAUCAAGACGGCUCCUCUUCGCGUCUCUGGGUCGAUCGAUUCUCACCACGACACUACACAGACCUACUGAGCGAUGAUUUCACCAACAGGUGUCUGCUUAAGUGGUUGAAGCUGUGGGACUGCGUGGUGUUUGGCAGAGAGAGGAAACCCCGCCCCAUUGUGCAAGAGAACCAAUUACAGGGCGGCUUCCAGGGCAGCUACCAAUCACAGGGCGGCUUCAAGGGCAACAACCAAUCACAGGGUGGCUUCAAGGGCAACAAUCAAUCGCAGGGCGGCUUCAAGACCAAGAGCCAAAUCACAGAGGAGAUCCUGGAGGCAGAGCUCGACCAAUACAAGCGCCCCAAAUACAAGGUGGCGUUACUCUCAGGUCCUCCUGGUCUGGGUAAGACAACGUUGGCUCACAUCAUCGCAAAGCAUGCUGGGUACAACGUAGUGGAAAUUAACGCCAGUGAUGACCGUAGUGCGGAGCUUUUCCAGAAGCGUAUUGACACGGCUACCCAGAUGAAGUCUGUCCUGGGAGCCAAUGAGAAGCCAAACUGCCUCAUUAUUGACGAGAUCGAUGGAGCGCCUUCCGCGGCGAUCAACGUGCUAUUGGCUAUUUUGAACAGGAAGGAGAGCCGUGAUGAGGGGGAAGGGGCGGGACCAAACUCCCUGAAGAAGAAGAAGAAGAAAGAGAACGUGCUUCUGCGACCAAUCAUAUGCAUCUGCAACGACCUUUAUGUGCCAGCACUCCGGCCCCUGCGACAGCAAGCGUUCUUAUUGGCUUUCCCCCAGACGCAACCAUCACGCCUCACACAGAGACUGGCAGAGAUUUCUCGUUAUCAGGGUAUGAAGGUGGACACUGGGACUCUAAUGGCUCUCUGUGAGAAGACGGACAAUGACAUCAGAUCAUGCAUCAACACCUUACAGUUCCUGCAUGGUCGUGGUAAAAGGCAGCUGGACGUGCGUGCCGUGUCCAGUGUGUGUGUCGGCCAGAAGGACCAAAACAAGGGACUCUUCUCCAUCUGGCAGGAGAUAUUCCAGCUACCCAGAAACGCCAACAAGAGGAAGCGGAUUGGUCGAGAGGGCCAGGAGGGAGUGCUUAACGAAGGAGCUCAGAGAUUACAUCACAUCCUGCACCUGGCCUCCUCUUGCGGAGAGAACGAGAAAAUUACACAGGGCCUGUAUGACAACUUCUUGCACAUGAAGUUGAAGGACCCCAGUCUUGGCGGCGUGUGCGCGGGUCUGGACUGGUUGUGUUUUGUUGACGUGCUGGGAGAGUACAUGAUGCACACGCAGAACUUCACUCUGCUGCGCUACACACCCUUCCUCCCUGCAGCGUUCCACAUGCUCUACGCACACACACACACGCCGCGCAUCAACUACCCCUCAAGCCACUACGAGGCCCUGACGAAGCAGCAGCAGUUGCGGAACGGUGUGGUUGCCAUGUUGGCGGAUAUUCCCCCGUCUGUGCGUAGUCGAGUGGCCAUCACGUCUCUCUGUCUGGACAUGCUGAGUCUCCUCCUCGACCUCAUCGCACCCAAACUGCGCCCCGUGAAUCCUCAGCUCUAUAGCUCCAGAGAGAAACAGCAGCUGCUAGACUUGAUUGACACCAUGAUCAACUACAACCUCAACUACACACAGCAGAGGAACCCAGAGGGCCAAUACACAUACCUACUGGAGCCUAACGUGGAGGAGGUGGUGCGUUUCCCGGGCCUGCCACCCCGUCGCCAGUUGACCUAUCAGGUGAAGCAGCUUAUCGCCCGAGAGAUAGAACUUGAACGCAUGCGCAGGACUGAACGCGCUCAGCUCAGGAGGAAUGCAAACACGAGAGGAGAUCCACAGGAAGUGAUGUCACAACCACAGGCAGCCAAGGUGGAGAAACAGGAAGUGAAGAGAGUCACCAGCAAGAACCACCAGCAGAGACUGGAGAACAUCGUCAAGCAGGCAGUAGUGGAGACCAGGCCUGAGAUGGACUUCUUUGGCCGUGUCAUAGUACCCAAGGACAAACCAGCCUCCACAAACACAGCGGAGGAGGGUAAAGGAGGCGUGGCUACUAAAGGGAGUUUGGCUCAGAUUGGUGUUGCUGUGGGAAACAGUGAUGUUUGGUUCCGUUUCAACGAGGGAGUUUCCAACGCAGUCAGGCGGAAUGUGUACAUCAGAGAACUACUCUAACUCAAGUGUGUGUGUGUGUGUGAGAGAGAGAGUUUUGUAAAGAUGUGAAUAAAGGCUGUGUGUGUGCGUGCGCGUGUGCGUGUAAGAAUUGUGAAUAAAUGGUGUGUUAAAGAGAUGUAUUGAUGUUAAUAAUAAAAUAAAAUGAUGAAAAUUUUGCAGCUUGAA